AUGUUAAGUCUUUCAACAUCUUCCCCAAUCUUGCUAUCUACUUCAAGAGUUGGUAUCAAGACUAUCUUGGGUAAUCAAUUCCUUCGCUCUUCCUCUGCCAUCUCUACUCGCUACUUGUCUUCCUCACCUUGCACUCUAAGUUCCCAAAAAGUCCUCGAGUGUGAUUCUUGGAAAAAGACCUUGGCUGAUGAAAAGUACGAUAAGAAUGAAAACAAAAUUAUUGGCGGCAAAAAGGAUGAACGCUUUGUCAUCACCUGGGACCACCCAGAUGCAACCAUUGACCAACUUAAGAAGGUUGGUGUUGCUCACCAUGUUCCUGAAAACAUUGCAGAUAGCAUUGCCAGAAGAACUUUGUUAACAAUUCGUUCUACUUUUGACAUCUUUACUGGUUACGCACAUCCUCCUCCAGGUAAGGAAAAUGACCCCAAAUACCUCAUGACUCCUCGCAGAUGGCUCAUGCGCUUUGUUUUCCUUGAAUCCGUUGCUGGUGUUCCAGGUAUGGUUGGUGGUAUGGUCCGCCAUCUCCACUCACUUCGUCUCAUGCGCCGCGAUAAGGCCUGGAUUGAAACUCUUCUCGAGGAAGCUUACAAUGAGCGCAUGCAUCUUCUUACCUUUAUGAAACUUUACAACCCUGGUAUCUUUAUGCGUGCCAUGCUUCUUGGUGCCCAAGGUGUUUUCUUCAACCUCUUCUUUAUUGCCUAUCUUAUCAUGCCCCGCAUUUGCCACCGCUUUGUUGGCUACCUUGAGGAAGAGGCCAUUGUCACAUACACCCGUUGCAUUGAGGACAUUGAGGCUGGUCGUCUCAAUGAGUGGCGCACUGCUCCUGCUCCUGAUAUUGCCAAGCAGUACUGGAAUAUGCCUGAGAAUUCCACUAUUUAUGACUUGAUUCUUUAUGUUCGUGCUGAUGAAUCCAAGCACAGAGAAGUCAACCACACUUUUGGAAAUCUUAUCCAAACCCACGACAGAAAUCCUUAUGCUCUUAAGAUUGAAGAUCAUCACACUCCUCAACCAACAGCUGACUUGAGUGCACCCAAGCCUACUGGCUGGAAGCGCAAUGAAAUUGCUGCUUAA